CCUGUACGACAAGUCUGAAAAAUUCCCUUUUCUUUUCAAUUGAAAAAUACCUUCGAUUUGCCCUCUCUCUCUCUCUCACUCGCAAUGAUUGCGUUCUUCUGAUUCUUCCCAAUUUCACAAAUUUACUUCUCUUAAGAUUCUCUAAUUUAUUUUAUUAUCCCUCAGAUUCUCCCAAUUUCUGAAUGUCCAGAAUCUGAUUUUUGUCAUGAGGAAAAAACUCGACACUCGCUUCCCUGCGGCCCGGAUCAAGAAGAUUAUGCAAGCUGAUGAGGAUGUUGGUAAGAUUGCAAUGGCAGUGCCUGUUCUAGUGUCAAAAGCCUUGGAGUUAUUCUUACAAGACCUUUGUGAUCGGACAUAUGACAUAACUCUUAGAAGAGGAGCAAAGACUGUUAAUUCACUGCAUUUAAAGCAUUGUGUACAAAGCUACAACGUGUUUGACUUUCUUCGGGAAGUUGUCAGCAAGGUUCCUGAUUAUGGCCAUUCUGAUGCUGCUGGUGAAAUGCCAAAAAGAAGGAAAGUUGCAAUGGAAGAACAUCAUGACAGUGAGGAUGAGUUCAAAAGGAGCAGGACGGAGACGUGUCAUGCUAGCAGUAGUGGUAGGGGAAGAGGUAGGGGUAGAGGAAGAGGUCGUGGCCGGGGACGUGCUGAUAGGGAGCUCUCGCGGCCUGAUAUGCAGCUUGAAUCCUGCACAUCUGUUCAGCAGAGUGGUUUGCAGAAUCCAAACCCUGGAACUCACACAGAAAACUGCACUGAACCGAAGGGAUCACCUAAACAGGAUUCCAGUGCUUGUGACAGGGAAAGUUCAGUUGUAACAACUCCUGAUCUGAAGGUCAACGUAGAUGAAAGCGUUGAUAAAUCAGCUGCACCAGAUAUAGCAGCCUGCAAUCCAUCGCCAAGGCCUGCCAAUGAGAAAGUGGAGGAAGGCCCCCAAUGGUCUCUCGAGAUGGAGAGAAUGGUUAUCGACCCUGUCCAUAUGUCACAACUUAAUUCAAGUUUGGCGGAGGAGGAAGAAGAUUAUGAUGAAGAGUAGACAGAUAAAAUAACAAACAAAUGGUCUAUUCAGCAUAUGCUAUUUAUUUGGUAGCAAGUUCCUAUGGGCCCUAACAUAAAGGACAUGAAUCCCUCUGCCUCCCUUUGUGAUUUGUUGCAGUAUAUGUAUUUCUUAGUUGUCUUUGUGACUCCAGUCUUGUAAUGGUCUCUAACCGUUUCCUCUUUCCAGUAGAAAUAAGUAGGAAAUGCGUGUUGCUCUCCAACCAGCACUCCAUGUACCAGUUACUGUAUGAAAUAGCGAGGGAUAACUAGUUUGUAUCUUUAUUCGAUUUACAUAAUAUUAGUCCUUGACUUCUGCUGAAAAA